UCUGCUAUUUAUACGCCCUCACCUCCAAUUUCUUUCUUCCAAACACCAAUUAUGGCAUUUUCUCCUUCCUCUGUUCCCGGGUUCUUUCCACUUCUCAUUGCGAUCAUUGUUAUACUACAGCUCCAAUCCUAUGAAACACAAGCAGGAGGCUUGGCUUUACCUCUUCGAACCCAAAAGCUACAAUCUUUAUCGACCCCGCACCCUCCCAGCAAGCUCCGGUUCCACCGAAACGUUAGCCUCACAGUCACCAUCGCCGUAGGCACCCCACCACAGAACGUCACCAUGGUUCUCGACACAGGAAGCGAGCUAUCAUGGCUGCUUUGUGACACCGGACCCCUUUCUCAGUUUCGCCCUCGCGCCUCCUCUUCUUACGCCCCCAUACCAUGUUCCUCUCCAACCUGCAAGUCCCAAACCAGAGACCUCCCAAAUUUAAGCUCCUGUGACUCAGCCACCCACAACUGCCACGUCUCCCUUACUUACGCCGAUGCCUCCACUGCGGAGGGCACGCUUGUCUCCGACCUCUUCCUCGUCGGCGGCCCGCCUGCUCGCCGCACCAACCUCCGCUGCCAGUCAUCCCCUUCAUCCGCCGGUGAUACCACAGCCGCCGGUAUGCUCGGAAUGAACCGUGGAUCUCUCUCCUUCGUCGCGCAGACCAAAACCUCUCGCUUCUCCUACUGCAUCUCAGACCGCGAUGCCGGCGUUCUCCUCCUCGGACCCUCCAACAUCGUCCCUCUCAACUACACCCCCCUCGUUCAAAUCUCCCUCCCGCUCCCUUACUUCGACCGCGUCGCUUACUCCGUCCAAUUGGAAACCAUACGCGUCGGAGCUAAAACCCUUCCGAUCCCCAAAUCAGUCCUUCUCCCUGAUCACACCGGCGCAGGACAGACCAUGGUCGAUUCCGGCACACAGUUCAGUUUUCUGCUUGGUCAGGCUUAUGAAAUCUUAAAAGACGAGUUUUUGAGGCAGACAAGUGGUGUUCUGAAUCCGGAGAAAGGAUAUGUAUUUCAGGGGGCGUUCGAUACGUGCUUCAGAGCGACGCAGUUGGCCGCGGCGGCAGCAGUGCGGCGCAUUCCGGCAGUUGUAUUGGGAUUCCAAGGGGCAGAAGUGGCGGGGGGGGGGGGGGGGGGGGGGGGGGUGCUGCACCGAGUAGAAGGGGAGAGGAGGGGAAAUAACGAGGGGGUGUGGUGCUUCACUUUUGGGAAUUCGGACUUGGUGCCCAUGGAGGCUUACGUUAUAGGGCAUCACCAUCAGCAAAAUAUUUGGGUGGAGUAUGAUCUGGAGAACAGUCGGGUCGGGUUCGCCCCGGUCCAGUGCGACCUAGCCAGCCGGAAGUUAGGUGUGAUGCUAUAAAGUUAUUUAUAUAAGGUCGGAGGACAGGUUUGAUGUCAUAUACGGGUUCGGGUUGUGUGUAUGUAGUAGUGAUUGGUUUUGGGUAAAUUUGUAAUGCAAACUGUACAGUAGAUAUUGGGGUUAUUUUCUAAUGUAAGUUGAAGAAUAGCUAAAUUUUGUUCCGGUUGAUUAUAACUCUUAUUAUUAUU